AUGGCCACUGGCAAGAGCCAUCGGGUCGUGGCAUCUUCCAAAAUGGAUGAUAAGUUCCAGAGCAAAGCGGUAGCACCUCAUAAUCCGAUGGUGGUCAGGGAGGAAGAGGAGCCUGUAACUCUGACUCCCUCUGCCUUCCUAAAGGAGAUGUCUCUCACCACCGAGCAGAGGUUGGCCAGCACUCGGGAGAUGCGGCAGCCCCGGAUUAUCCAGCUCCUAGACAUGAGUGAAAGCUCUCAUCAGAAGUUCUCCACAGUUGACCUGGAACAGAGCUUGUUUCAGCCUUUCCCCUCAGAGGUGGUGUUUCAGAGCUACGUCCCCUGCGAGGUCUACGAAGUGCCACUGAUCCUGAGGAACAUUGACAAGGUUCCUCGGAUGGUGAAGGUUGUCUUGGAGAGCUCACCUUAUUUCAAGUUGAUCAGCCCCAGGGAUGUGUGCCAUAAGGUAGCACCUGGCAUGCCUUUAACUUUUCGCGUCCUUUUCACCCCGGAGGAGAACAAGGAUUACUUCUACGAGCUCACCUGCAUCACAGAGAGGGAGAAAUUCAUUGUGCCCAUCCGAGCGAUAGGUGCCCGAGCUAUCCUGGAUUUCCCGGACCAGCUGAACUUCUCCAUCUGCCCAGUCAAGUACAGCACCCAGAGAACUCUGCUGGUUCGCAACGUCGGGAACCGGGAGGCUCGUUACUGCAUCAGCACUCAGAGCCCUUUCUCUGUGGAGCCCUCCAUCGGGACGCUCGGGAUUGGUGACACCAUGCAAGUAACGGUGGAGUUUCACCCGCUGAAAAACGGGGACUAUUCCAGGUCCCUGGUAGUUCACUACGACACAGGUGAAGACGUUCACACAAGCCUUUAUGGAGCAGCUGUAGAUGUCAACAUCAGGCUCGACAGGAACUCUCUGACAGUUGAGAAGACUUACCUCACGCUGUCAAACCACAGGUCCGUGGUCAUCCACAACCGGAGUGAAAUCAUAGCCCACUUCCAGUGGAAGGCUUUUGUUACCCAGGAAGAGGAGGAUCAGCAGAAGCUGAGGCUGCAGAGGCAGGAGGAGGACCAGAUGGAUUCUUUUCUCCAGGAGUGCAGGGUGGACCCCACUCUCCAAGAACACCUUUCCCUUCUCUCCCACACCUUCCAGAACCAGAGAGCAAAGGUGCAGGGAGACUCCAUGCUUUUCUCCGAUGACAUCUUCACCAUUGAGCCAGUGGAGGGAGAUGUCUGGCCGAAUUCUUCAGCUGAAAUUAAUGUGAUCUUCAAACCCCAAGAAGCCCGACUCUAUCACCAAACGGUCUACUGCGACAUCUCAGGCCGUGAGACCAGGCUGUCCCUGCGCGUCAAGGGGGAAGGCAUAGGGCCCCGGCUCCGCUUCAGCUUUGAGCAGCUGGACAUCGGGAAGGUUUUUGUUGGAUUAGUCCACAACUAUGAGGUGAUCCUGUUUAACAAAGGAGCCAUCAGUGGUCUCUUCAGCUUGGUCCCUCCGGUUACAGCUCUGGGCUCCUGCUUCACCUUCCUCCCCGAGGAGGGCAUCAUUUUGCCAGAUGAGCUCCAAGCCAUCCGGAUCUCCUUCAGUUCCACCAUCCUGGGGCAGUUCACAGAAGAAUUCAGGUUCAGGGUGAAUGGCACCCUUGAGCCUGUGACCUUCACUAUCAGGGGCUGCGUCAUCGGACCCACCUUUCACUUCAGUGUGCCUUCCCUCAGCUUCGGGGACGUCUCCUUUGGCUUUCCUCACACCUUGUCGUGCCGCCUCACUAACACCUCCUUGGUGCCCAUGUCCUUCAACCUUCGCAUUCCUGGGGAUGGCCGGGGAGAGCCCAGCAUCACCAGUUGGGCUGAGGUGUCGGACAACGCUCCCCCGUCCUCGAGAAAGAGAGCUCUCCAUCACGCCAAGCCCACCGAAUUUACCAUAACGCCCUGCCGAGGGACCAUCCGCUCCCAGGGGUUCCUGGAUAUCCAGGUCACCCUGUGUUCCAACACCGUGAAGAGUUAUAAGCUGGUGCUGGUGGUGGACGUGGAUGGCGUUGGCACGGAGAUGUUGGCCCUGCCCCUCACAGCCAGGUGCGUGGUUCCUCCACUGCAAGUGCUCAACCCCGUGGUGACGUUUGGACGGUGCCUCCUGAAGUUCUCUUAUCGGCAGGCGCUGACCCUUGUGAACGACAGCAAUUUCUCAGGCUGCUACAAGGUUCUUCCUCAGGAGCGCAGGAGGGAUGCUGCUGUGUGGUACUCCUGCCCCACGCCGUGUGGGAUCAUCCAGCCUCACAGCUCCGUGGAGGUCCCAUUCGUACUGGAAGCCCAGGUGCUGGGAGAGCAGGACACCGUGGCUUAUGUCGUGGUGUUUGGCAGCGAAGGGUCCCCACUGGAAAUCCAUUUAGUGAGCACCGGAGAAGGACCAGUUGUCUACGUGCAUCCCAGCAAGAUAAAUUUUGGCAGUAUCCAAGUUCUACAAGAUGCUUCCCGAACUCUCCACCUCGCCAAUCAGACUGUCAUCCCUGCAUCCUUCUCGGCAGAGAUGGCUGGGAAAUGCUCACGCUGGAGGGUUGAACCCAGUAAAGGUGUGAUCCCCCCCGAGAGCGAGGUGUCUCUGACUGUCACAGCAAACUUGGACGACACCGAGAAGUUCAAGGAUGAGUUGAACCUGUUCAUAGAGAACAGCCAUACUUACGUCAUCCCUGUGCGGGCCGUCGGCAUCGGCACCACGAUUGUCACCGACAAACCCUUCGCUCCAGAGCUCAACUUGGGGCCACACUUCAGCCUGGAUUCCUGCUCUUACCACUUCAAGAUAACCAACAAAGGACGACGGAUCCAUCAGCUCUAUUGGACGACAGAAGGUUUUGCCCCGUUUCGCCAGCGGGAUCGUCUCCCUGCCAUCAGCAACACCAAGGGCAAAGAUUCCUCCCGGCGCCCCAGACCCCCCAGCCCAGUGUUUAAGCUUCGACCACUGAGGAUGGAGCUGAUGCCUGGAGAGACUAUGGAGAUGAUGCUGGAAGGCUCCUCCAGCACUCCACAGGUGGUGAAGGAGCGGCUCCUGUGCCAUGCCAUGGUGGGGAGCAAGGCAGGGAAGACACAGAUCAUGCAGGUGGACGUCACGUGCGAGUUCGUGGCUCCUGUUCUGCAAAUGUCCUCCAGAGAAAUUGCUUUCCGGGUGAAGAAGCAACCCAGCGAUGUCCUAACUCUUCAGUACAAGCCUCUUUCUUUGAAAAACUUCUCCUCCCUGCCACUCAGCAUUGUCCUGGCCUUGGAGCAGCCCUUCUUAAUCUGUGAUGCAGAUGGGCAACCCUUCCCUGUCCAGCCCUUGAAGCUGGAAACAGGGGAGGAACUUCAUCUCUCCAUCAGGUUUGACCCUGCUUAUAAAGAGGAUUUGAGUAUCCGGGUGGUAGAGAAGUCUCUGAAGAUACAGUUUCUUGAGCAUCCUCAUGAGGAGCGGGUCACCGUUCGGGGAGAAGUCUACUUUCCGAAUCUCUGUCUUCAGACCACAGCCGUGGACUUUGGCUGCAUCUUGAACGACACUGAAGAUGUGCGUUACAUCGAGAUGACCAACUGCAGCCCACUUCUCGUCCGGUACCACUGGUCCUUCCUGACAGACAGCCAAGUGAGCCAGAUGAGGUUCAGCCCUCCAGUACCUAAAUUUUUCGUCGAACCCCAACCAGCAAAGGAGGAGGGAGCCCAGUCGGAGCACUCGGUGUCUGCAGAGAGGGGGGUCGGGGAUGGGGCUGCAGAGGAGCCAGAUGAAGCCCUGGAAACAGUGGGGGAUCCUGCUCAAGAGGCACCAGACUCAGAUGACUCCCUGGAAGCAAAGCCACUACCAUCCACUGCUGCAGAGCUGGAAGAUGCUGCGGACACUCACAGCCUGGUGAUGAUUGAGGAACUGAUGCAGUUCGUGGAGUCAGAGCCCCUCGCCUUGGGAGUGGAGGAGGUUUUCGACAUCUUGCCGCUGUAUGGCCUGCUGCAGCCGGGUGAGAGCCAGCGAGUCACCUUGACCUUCUUUGGCCACUCAAACAUCGUCGCCCAUGUCAAGGCGCUGUGCAGGGUGGAGGGAGGCCCGACCUACGAGGUCAUGCUCAGUGGGGAGGCUUCGCUCAUUAACUACCUCCUAGACAGCACGGAGAUCGACUGCGGGCUGCAGCUGUUUAACGAAGUCACCCAAGUGGAGGUUGCCCUGAGGAACAGUGGGAAGGUGGGAUUCACCUACCUGGUGCAAAACCCCAGCACGGCCACCGCAGAGAACCCUCUGCCCGGCGUGCCCCUGGUCGUGCCCACCAUGGGUUUCAUCGGACCUGGAAAGGAGCAAGUGCUAAAAGUCUAUUACCUGCCAGGAGUGCCUGGAAUCUUCUGCAGGACUUUCCAGAUCCAAGUGGGUCACCUGCCACCAGAAGAAAUUUCCCUGAAAGGAGAGGGAACCUUUCCCAGGAUCUGCUUGGACCUGCCCAGGAACAUCAAAGGAAAUGAAAAAUACGAGAGGGUGCUCAAGGAGGUGAAAGAAAAGAUGGAAAAAGACAGCCAGAGAGAUGAAGCAGUUGCUCUGGGGGAGGCUGCGGCCGCAGAGCCACCCACAGAUGACUUGGACGCUGUGCUGGACACUCGGCUGCAGAUGCAGAUGGAGCAGGUGCUGAUAGAGGAACAUGCCUUGGAGCUGCAGAAAGCUCUCGCCUCCGGUUCCCCAAAGGGCACUGUCUUUGACCAGCGUUCUCGUCAGAGGCUUCCCAAAGCUGAGCUGCCUGAGUACGUCCUGGACUUUGGCUACGUCGUUCUCGGUGACGUCCACACACACAUUGUGAAGAUCACCAACACCGGGCAGUUCCCUGUGUCCUUCCACACUGCUGCACAGGUCCUGCGUGACACAGGUUUCUGCGUGAAGCUGGACCGUGUGAAGCACCUGCCCUACUGUGAGACAGAGACCUUCGAAGUGCACUUUGACCCACAGAGCGCCAACCUGCCCCUGGGAGAGGUGGACAGGCUCCUGCCCAUCAAGGUAGCAGGAGGCCCCACGUUUCACCUCCGCCUCCGUGCCACUGUGGCCAUGACAUCCCUCUGCCUCUCCAGGGACAGGCUGGAGUUCUCCGCUGUCCAGUGUGGGCAGUGCCAAGAAGAAACCAUCCGACUCCAUAAUCAGCUCCAGCACCCCUGUAAAUGGUUCAUCACUGUGAUUGAGCCUGUAAAGAAGGUGGACAAACAUCUGCCAGCAAACGUGCGUCGGAAGCUGCUCCAGGAGUUGAAGGCCAAGCCCUGUGUCUUCGAGGUGCUGCCCGCAUCUGGAGCCCUCGCUCCAGGAGAGCGAUGCAACGUGGCAGUCAGGUUUUCACCCACGGAAGAGAAGUCCUACAGAAGCAAGCUGAAGAUUAACGUUUGCCAGAGCAACCAAGACCUCCAGGUGCAGGUCUCUGGGCAGGGGCUGGAGCCACAGCUGGAGUUCAGCCCCUCAGUGCUCGAGCUGGGACCGUUGCUGCCGUACAGCCCUGGGGUGGAGGGGACAGUGGUGGUGAGGAACCCCUGCGAGUUCCCCAUCGAGUUUUACUCCCUGGAGUUCGAUCAGCAGUACCUUGCUGAGGAGCAGAUCCUGCGGAUGCUGAAGGACUAUGAUGGCCGCAACACCUUGUUGCUGCCUCCACGUGCCCCGGGUGAGAAGCUGCCCCCAGAGGUGCUGGAGUACUAUCAGGACCAGAAGAGGCUGCAGAAUGAGCAGGGAAAGCCCAAGACUGGGGACCAGGACAGCGCAAACUUUGAAGAUAUCCAGUUUCUGCUAGAUCAAGGAGGAAAGCAACCUGCCGAGAUCGUUCAUGAUGCCUCAUCCCUCAGCUUAAUCGUUCCCUCCUCCAUUUUUGAUGAAACCCAGUCCAACAAGGUGGAUUCUAAAUCUGAAUGUGGAGAGGAGGAAGGUGUUGAGAAAAGACGCAGGACAGCAGAGUGUCGGCGAAGCACCACCAGCAGCAAGGAGGUCACGGGAGAGCUGGAGGACAGCCCUGUCCGUAGGGCCAUCGCCCGCCACCUUGGCAUCGAUAUUUCUGCGGAAGGACGCGCGGCCCAAAACCGCAGAGGGAUCGUCAUCAUCAUCCACGGGGCACCCCUCACAGGCAAGACGUCGGCAGCGGUGGCCCUCUCCAAAUACUACGGCGCUGCCUGCUUGUCCAUGGACGCCGUGGUGACAGACGCCAUCUCGGAGAGGAGCAGCUCGGCGGGGCUCCGCGCCCGGGACCUGUGCAUCAGGGCUGCCAUCGAGCAGACCCGCAGGGAGGCGGAGGACACGGGUCAAAACACAGACGUCUCCCUCAGCCUGCAGCUCAACGCUGAGGGCAAGCACAGCCCGGAAACAAGCCAUUCCAGCUCUGGGGACAAAGGCAGCCUGCAGUCCCUCAGCUCCCGAGGCUUGGGGAGCACCACAGUGGUCAAGAGGAAGUCGGACAGCCGCAUGUCACAGUCCCAGAAACAUCACGUAACGGAAUCAGUAGGCUCCCAGGGCUCGUCUACUUGUCACCUGGUCUCUCCCCUUCCCUUCGGGCCUGGGCAGCAAUGGCUGAGCAUCGCGGGCAGCACGGCCGGAGAGAUGGGCUUCAUGAGCUGCGUGCUGCCCGAAGACCUGCUGGUGGCCAUCCUCUCCGAAAGGCUGCAGUUGAGUGACUGCUACCAGGGAGUGGUGUUCGAUGGCCUGGAGACCCUCUUUGCACGUAACAUGGCAUCUGCUCUCCUCUGCCUGCUCAAAGCUGUCAGAAAUCGGCCUUAUAUCUAUUUUGUGAACCUCUCCCAGGAUUAUGCUGCUUUGAAAGCCAGGGAGGCAGCCGCGAAGGAGCAGCAAGAACGGGAGCAGGAAGAAGCUGCCAGGAGGGAGAAAGCGCGUCUCUGGGAGUUGGAUGAGGACGAGUAUGAUGCCCUCACUGAGGAGCAGAAAACUCAGCUUAACAGCAAUAUACGAGAAGUCCAGCGUGAGUGGAAGAAGAGGGAGAUGGAGCGGCUGGCUCGAGAGCUUGAGGAAAAGCACCAGCGGGAGCUCGAACGCUUGAAGGAGGAGGAAGAGCUGAAGAAGAAGUCUAAGCGGGGCAAGAAAGAGCUUGGAAAAGACAAUGCUUUGGCAAAGAAAAGCCACCCUGGAGCCAGGCAGAAUACAAACACAUCCGCCAGCAACACCAACGCGUCCACCAGCAACCGCUCGGAUGCCACCGAAGGGGUGGACAAGAAGGGAUCUCUAAAGGACCACACAGAAUCUAUUGCAAGUGACAAGGCAGAUAAGAAGAAGCGCAGCAAGGUUCACCCGACGGAUGCCUGCCCAGCGACGGCUGUGCCACCAGACCCAGAAGAGCAGAAAACCAAACCCGAGGACCUGAGUGAGAGCGAGAAGAACUUGGUCCUGAGGUUUAAGGUCUACGAGGCAUCGCAGAAGGACAUCGUGCGUAUUUUGUCAGCCUGGGACAGGGCUCAGGGUAUCCUGCUGAACCAGGAGGAGGUGCAGCAUCAAGCAGAAGACCAGCGCCAGCAUUUAUCCAGCCGCAAGAGCCGAAAGGACAGAGAGAAGGAGCGGCUUGAGAGGCUGGAGAAGGAGCGCGUGGAAAAAGAGCGGCUGGAAAAACUGAAGGCUCUUGAGGACUCCAAGUUAUCUCAGCUGGAAGGGGAAGGAGCAGAAGUGUCAUCCAGAGGCCAGGAUGUCAGGGUGCCCUGCUUGGACAUCAAGGUGCUGCGCCCAGAAGAUGUGACUGAGAAGAUCCUGGAGAGCGGCAAGAUGCCAGCAGCAGAGCAGAUCCUGGAUGAGCUGGGUCUGGGUCCUUCAGGGCCUCCCAUUCCCCCUACUGCUUUUUACUCUGUGAUCCGCUACCCAGAGAAGCGGGUGGCCCCCGCAGCAGGAGAAGCCCUCAAGAACUUCAUCUUCAUUUUGCCAGAAGCUGCCACUGCAGAAGAGGAAAAGAAGGAUACGGAAAGUCUGCUGGAUGUGUCCAUUGUGUCCACACCAAAGGUGUCAGAGGAGCAGCUCACCCCGACCAGGGGUCGGUCGAGGAAGGAGAAAGCCCCAAGCAGCCGGGAGUCUAGGAGGGAGAAGCGUAGCUUGGGCCGGGGCAAGAGAACUCUCCAAGUGCCAAGCACAGGAGCACCCACACAUCCCUCCGAGAUGGACCAAAGUGGCGCAGACACAGUCCCAUCCCUACAGAAAUCCGUCAGGCUGAGCAACUGCCGGUGGAUAGUGCCUGCCCGCGGCGAGGUGGAACUGAAGAUCCUCUUCAGCUCCAUGGUGCUGGGCCAGUUUGAGCAGACGCUGCACUUUGAGAUCCUGGGGACAAAGCGUCUGUACCAGCUGCACUGCAAGGGCACCUGCCUGUAUCCCACCAUCAGCCAGGACCCACGGUUGGUGUUUCCUCACCGGAGGAAGAGCAAGGGAGAGGAUGACAUCAUCUUCAAGCAGUAUGUCAUGAACACAGGUGUAUUCCACUUUGGACCACUGCUGUGUGGGAAGUCAAGAGACUGGUACAAGGCGCAGCACUAUCCCAGCAAUGGCGAGAAGAUCACCAUCCUCAACAUCACCCCCUUGCAGGCAGAGGUGAAUUUCUACUUCGAGCACGACCUCAAAGCAGAGACGUUCUUUUUGGACCCUCCCACCAUGACGCUGAAACCUAACGAGAAGCAGGAGCUGAGCAUUUGGGCCUACCCCACUUCAGCCGGCCUUGUGGAGGACAACCUCAUCUGCUGCAUCAAGGAGAACCCGGAGCCAGUGGUUUUCCCCCUCUGCUGCCAGGGGGUGCAGGUGGAGCUGGGGGUCAGCCCCAAGCAAGUGCAUUUCGACAGGCUGCUUCUGCACAGGAGGGACAGCAAGACCCUGGUCCUGCAGAACCGCACCCCGCUGCCCAUGGCCUGGCGGCUCAGUGGGCUGGAAAACCUCGGCGAGGACUUCUCCGUGUCCCAAGAUGAGGGCAUCGUUGGUCCCCGCGCGGAGUUUGAGGUCCAUCUGUAUUUCAAGGCCACGAGGGCUCUCAACAUUAAGAAGAUGAUCCGGCUAGAGGUUUCGGAUGCAGAAAACAUCCUAGGGAUUGUUCACAUUGAAAAUAUCCAAAUCCACGCAGAGGCCUACGAUGUUGCUCUGAACAUCAGCAUUUCUAAAGCCGCAGACGGCAGCGUGGAUUUUGGAAUCCUGAAGGUCCUGGAUGAUGCGAAGCAAGUGCUGACUCUGAAGAACAAAGGGAAGUACGAGAUUGCAUACAGGUGGGUCCAGCCAUUAGAAGAUUCUUCUACAGCAGCUCACAAAUAUUCACCAUUUCUUACCUGGCUCUGUGGGUUUCCUGCAGCCGCAGACGGCAGCGUGGAUUUUGGAAUCCUGAAGGUCCUGGAUGAUGCGAAGCAAGUGCUGACUCUGAAGAACAAAGGGAAGUACGAGAUUGCAUACAGUUUCAAGCUGGAAACUGCAGAUACCAACAUCCCCAACUUGGAAUCCCACUUCAGUCUCCAGCCGCAGAAGGGCGUGCUGAGCGCCUCCGAGCGCCCUGUACAGGUCCAGCUCUUCUUCCACCCCAAGAUGGAAAUGAACAUUGAGGACAAACCCAUCCUGCACUGCCAGGUGAUUGAGCCCAACAUCCAUGAAGGAGGUGAGACCAUCGCCAUCAUCCCAGUGAAGGUGUCAGCCCAAGCUGUGUUCAGCAAGUACAGCAUUGCCCCUGCCUCACUCAUCAGCUUUGGUGCUGUGAUGAAUGGCACCAGGAAAACCUGCACCUUCACGCUGGAGAACAAAGGCAUCCUUGACUUUAAGUUCUUCAUCUACCAGGCAGACCAGGAUUCACAUAUAUUGGCAAACAAAAGAAAGAAAUCCGUCCCCUCCCAAGACAGUGAAAACUUCAACAAAGCGACUCCCUCGGCCAAGCAAAGCAAGAUCUCGGGGCAGAAGGACACCAACCCAUUCAUGCAGGGUCGCCUCACUAUGGGCAUGUUCACGGUGUACCCUGGCUUUGGCUUCAUCCCGCCUGGGGGCCAGCAGCUGAUCACGGUGGAUUGCUAUGCAGAGCCACUGGGGCCAUGCAAGGAGCACUUGUCCAUCGAUAUCAGCGACAGAGACCCCAAGGACAACCCCCUUGGCAUCCCCUACACCCUGUUGGCCGAGUCCUGCCUCCCAGGGUUUGUGGUUGACGACAUAGAGUCUAUCUUUGAGGAGCAUCGGAUCUGCAGCAAAAUCAACCUCUGUCAGAUCCUCCAGACAGUGCAGGACAAGGGUGUGUUCAUCAGAGAUGAGAACAAGUUUAUCUUCACCAACGUUCUGGUUGGGCACCGGGCCACAGCUCGCUUCAAGAUCCGCAAUGUGGACAAAGUCCCUUGUGACGUGGUUCUCUCCAUCACACCCAUCUCCACUAAGCUUAACAGCCGUGCUGGUGACGUUUUCGAGGUGGAUCCCCUUCGGAUGUGUGUGCCCAGCCGCUCCCACGCCUUCGCCACGGUCACCUUCGCUCCCCAAACGGUGCAGAACUACCAGUGCACUUUUGAGGCUUCCCUGGAUGUCCCCGCAAGUAGCCCCGCAGCAAAUAAAGUACAAAGCCUGACCUUCAAUAUCAGUGGAGACGGGUAUCUGCCUCGGGUGACAGUCCUGCGCCCCAUCCUUCACAAUAAGAAGGGGAACCCUCUGCUGCUCUUCAAGAAGCUGUUGUUGGGUGAUUCGGAAAAGCUCCCUCUGGUCCUUCAUAAUGGUGGCACCAUCCCUGUCCAGUUGAUGAUAGACCUGUUGGAUGAAGGGGGAGUUUUCUUCUUGAAAGCCAGGCCCACCACACACUGCAUCUACCAAGCUGCAUGCGUGAAGGAGGACUCCCCUGGAGAAGAGAGGAAACCUCACACCGCGUCCCUGGUCCUACAACAUGGGGAAUCAGCAGAGUUUGACGUGCUUUUCAAACCCACCCUGGCCCAACGCGUGGAAGGGAAGAUACUCCUGUCAGUGGUGGACAAUCCCUAUGAAGAGACCAAUAUUCAGCUGGUGGGUGAAGGCUACGAGGAUGACUUCACGCUAGAUAACAUCCAUGGGCUGGUGGCAGAGAGUGUGGAGGAAAACACUGAGGGCAUGGAGGAAGACAUAAUUGAGGCUGCCAGAGUGGAUCACAUCCAGUUUGGGGACUGUCACAUCGGGAGAGCCUACCCCGUGACCUUCACCAUCACCAACCGCAGCAAGGAGGAGGCCAUGCGGUUUGAGUGGCUGGCAGAGACCCCCUUUCACUUCUCCCCCAAGGUGGGACACCUCCACGCUGGCUGUGCUAAGGACAUCACAGUGACCUUGAAGUCGGACGUCCCGAUGGCCUUCAAAAUGCACCCUGUGAAGUGUAAGGUGGCUCGGAUCACCUUCCAGUUGCCAUCAGAGCAGGUCACCGACUGGGACGACCGCCUGCACACCAUCAAGUGGGUGGAUGCCACAAGGGACCUGGCAGCCACAUGGCCUGUGAAGAAAAAGGUGAUCGAGACGGACCCAGAACCAGCUCACACUCUCCUGGAGAAGAGCAGCCGUGAGGUGGAGCUUCGCCUCAGCGCUGUCAUCGACCACGCCGAGUUCCAGCUGGAUACAGACACGAUUCAGUUCAAGGAGACCUUGCUCUUCCAGACAAGUACAUUCAGUUUCCUGCUGUCCAAUACAGGGAACGUGGCCCUGGAAUACACCUGGAUGGUGGCUGUGGAGGAGGAAAGGGCAGUGAGCCACACUGGGGAGCUGCUCCCACCCAGCUUGGAUGGGUAUUUCCCCUCCUUGGCUUCUGGUGCCUCUGCGAACCUCCGGUCCAGCUGUUGUUCGAGCCAGCCCAGCCAUGCUCCGGAGCAGGUCUCCUCCUCCCCAAGCUCAUCUCUGAAGACUGUCAGUGCCACCUCGAUGUUCUCUGUAGAGCCCUCCAGCGGUACCAUCCCCGCCCGCCAGGAGCAGGUCUUCCAGAUGAAGUUCUCUCCAGUCUACGUGGGCAAUUUUGAAAGCCGUAUGCUCUGCAGUAUUCCUAACCUGAAGCCAAGUCAGAAGGGCCCAGAGGUGGUGGUGAAGGGGAGCAGCUUGAUGCCAGACUGCCACUUCGAACUGGAAGACUCUGACUACAUCACCGCAAAAAGGCGCAACCCAGACUUGCAGGGACCAAAGGGGACAACGUUUGAUCUCGACACAAGAGUGAUUGAGUUUGCGGCAGUGGGAGUGUGCAGCAGGAACAGCAGGACCUUCAUGGUUAUGAACCCAACCAGUUCCGCGUAUUCCUUCCAGUGGACUUGCCAAGACACUGAAGCCCCACCAGAAGAGGUGGCUUUCUUCUGCCUCACAGAGAGAGGACAGAUCCAGCCAGAGAAGAAAGCAGAGAUGAAGUUUGAAUUCAUUCCCCGGCACCUGGACAUCACAGAAUCGUUCUGGGUCUUUACAGUCCCCGAGCAGAGCAUUUCAGUCCCGUUCCUGCUGGUGGGCAACGCCACCGACCCACUAGUGACUCUGGACAGAUCCUACUUGAACUUCCACUUGCUGUUAAUUGGGUACGAGGUACACCAGACUAUCCAUAUAAUCAACAGCGAGAAGGAAGCCUUCAGCUUUGCUUUCAGAGAAAGCUCUCUCUUCUCGGAGGCAUGCAACGCCUCCAUGAAAGUAGAGCCCCUGGAAGGCUCCGUCGCUCCUCUUUCAAGGUUUCCCGUUACCAUCUCCCUCACACCAACACUAGAAGGAGAGGUGGUCUUCAACCUCAAGUGCGAUGUCAAGAGGAAGAGCCAGCCCCUCUCCUUGAACAUCAAGGCCACUGGCUACAGCAUGAACGUGUCCGUCAGGUGCGAGGACGGCGAUGGCUGCGUCACUGAGCUCAGUGCACAGGAGAUCAACGUCAUUGAUUUCAAGGAGGUACAGCUGAACGAGAACAUCAAGCGCACCUUCAGCAUCCACAACAACGGCAAGUUCAGCUUCACCUUCUCAUGGCAACUGAGUGGCCCCACGGCCCGUAAGCAGCUCCUGACCAUCACCCCUCAGACGGGGGCCGUGCAGGCGGAGAGGAAAGCUGAGACCCAGCUGGCUUUUCACCCACACAAGAUGUGCUCUUUAAAGGAUGUAGAGCUGACGCUGCAGAUCAGCAAGGGUCCCACGUUUACCUGCGUGUUCCUGGCCACCGUGGUCAUGCCCAGUCUCCACUUCUCAUCCACCACACUCAACUUUGGAGCCUGCUUCAUCUACCACGCUGGGAUGCAACCUGCCUGUCAGAUCCUCACCAUCACAAACACGGCAGAGAAGGAUGUGAGUUUGAACUGCUUGUUUGCUGGCACCAUGCACCUGGAGGUGGACUUCCGAGGGUACGUCCUGCGCCCAGGAGAGACGGUGGAGGUGCCCGUCACUUUCUAUCCCAGAGAGGUUGCGUCUUAUCGUGAGGUCAUCCCUUUUGAAAUCAAUGGUCUCUGCCAGCAGACUGUCGAGGUCCGAGGAAGGGGCAUGGAAAUGAAGGUUGAUGUUGUGGAACCACAAGGGAAGGUGGUGAAGCUGGGAGCCCUCUCCGUCGGACAGACAGUGAAGAAGAUUGUCACCAUAGCAAACAACAGUGCUGCCCCUCUCACUUUUAAGCUCUGUCUCACAUCCACCACGCCAGAGCUGCAGGAAGCUGGGGUUCUCUGCUUGAACCCCCUCAGCGAACUAAGUCUGAAGCCCAAAGGAGACACCUGCAGAGUGGAGGUGAACUUCUCCCCAAAGUGCCGCAUCCAGCCCUUCACCGAAGAAGUGAUGAUGGAGUGCAACGGCCUGGUGCGCUCCCUCUUCGUGGUGCGGGGCUCCUGCCAGGGCAUCCAAGUGAGCUUGGACCGGGAUCACCUCAGCUUUGGAGCGGUGGUGCAGCACGGCUACACGUCCCGCAACAUCGUCAUGCAGAACACGGGCGACGUGGGAGUCAAGUUUGAAUGGGACAUCAAGAGCUUCAAGCCAGAUUUCUCCAUCAGCCCCGCAAAGGGUUACAUCUCCCCAGGAAUGGACGUCCCCUUCGUUGUCACCUUCCGUCCCUCUAAGCUGAGCCAUUCCAUCCAGUACAAGGGCCUGCAGUGCUUCAUCCAGGGUGUCGAGCCGCUGCGGCUGACGCUGGCAGGGUGCUGCAUGGAGACCCCUGCGAGCAAAGAGACAGUGACUUUCUCCUGCAACGUGCGCGAGAAGCACAGCCAGACCAUCCUCCUGUCCAACCCGACCAACGAGGCCUGGACCCUGCAGCCUGUCAUUGAGGGGACACACUGGAAGGGGCCUGAAUUUUUCCAUCUAGAGGCCAAUCAACAAAACAAGCCCUACAAGAUCACUUACAAACCCCAAACCAUGACCUCGGAGAACAACAAGCACCAGGGCUCCAUCUUCUUCCCACUGCCAGAUGGGACGGGCUUGUGCUACCUCCUGCAAGGGACUGCUGAGGCCCCAAAGUGUUCAGGGACCAUUUUCCGGGAGGUGCCGUGUAGGACUUCCUACACCGAGAUCAUCCCCGUCUCCAACUGGCUGAACAGACCACAGAGGUUCCUCGUGGUGGUGGACAUACUUAAACCAGAAAACCUGGAAAGCAGCUCUGUGCUGCGGGGGCUGGAUUACAUCGACGUCCCAAGCUCUGCCACCAAGGACUACAAACUCACCUUCUUCUCCUACAAGGAAGGAGUCUUCAACACAAUGGUGACUUUCCUCAACGAGGUGACCCAGGAGUACUUGUUCUACAUGGUGACUUUCAAGGCCACCGCUUCAGGGCCCAUCAGCACCAUUGAAAUGAGUGCUGCUGUUCGGCAGAGAGUGUCUUCCACCAUCAAGGUGGACAACCCUCUGCCUGUCCCCGUGACGUUUGCCACAGACUGCAAAGUGCCUGACGUCAGCGUCCCCCCCUAUUUCACUGUUCCUGCCCAGUCAGAGGCUGACCUUGUCUUUGAGUACCAGCCCAUGAAAAUGGGUGAGAGCAUCGGGCGCCUGAUGCUCCAGAGCAGCGACUUGGGCUCUUUGUACUACAACCUGCACCUCAAAGCCACCACGAACAGGCCAGAGAAGCCCCUCCACUUCUGCACCACGCUGGGCUCCAGUCAAACCAUCACCACCAAAAUCAUGAAUUAUGCCCGACAGAAGACAGACUACCUCCUCCAGACCAACUGCGCCGACUUCCAGACGGAGAAGACCAUCAGCGUGGCUCCCGCCAGCCCGGGGGGCUCGGAGGUGAGCGUGGAGGUGACCUACGAGCCCUGCCAGCUGGGGGAAGCCAAGGCCACGCUGCAGCUCUCCUCCCCGCUCGGGGGGGAGUACAGCAUCCCCCUCUUCGGCCUGGCCCUGCCCCCCAAGCCCCAGGGCCCCUUCGUCAUCAAGGCCGGCAGCACCACCACCAUCCCCUUCAAGAACGUCUUCCUCCAGCCCAUGGCCUUCAGUUACACGGUGGAACACCCAGCCUUUGCCAUCAAGGCCCCCGAGAGCCUGCGCCCCAAGAAGACCACCUCCAUCACCGUCUCCUUCGAGGGCGGCCCCGUCCCCGUCACCACCAAGAUGAUGGUGUCCUGCCCCGGGGCGGGAGGCAGGGGUGGCGGCGUCUCCUGGGUCUAUUACCUCCGGGGCCUCCCCCCUCAGAAGUGACGCGGGGCCUCCCCCUGUUAAUUAACCGAGAGGCGGCGGGUUUAAUUAACUCCGUAG